AUGGACGCCAAUGUGACCGUCAAGAACGGAACCAACAAGGCGACCGUGGUGCUGGACGGCUCGAAAUCGACCCCCAUUUGGGGCACGACGCUCGUGCGGUACGCCUGGGCCCUGCGGCAGCUUGACCCGCCCACCGGCUCUCAGCUGAGCGCGGACGGCGUGACCGCGACCCUGGAGGUGCCCGCCGGCCGAUUACACUUCUGCGCCGACGAGGACCCCGCCACGGCGAUCUGCACCCCGCCCUGCGAGCUGCUGGACUCCCCGGACGACGACACGCGCUGCAAUGGGCCCAACAAAUGA